GAUAUUUCCCUUGGAGCAGGUAUGAAGACAAUGAAAGUGUGCAUACAUAGCGGUCCUACGGAGGGACUUAUAGCUACUCCAUAGGGUCUACUGUGGUACUUAGGGAUAGGGUAAGUUCGGACUACAGUCGGGCAAUCCGGCCGGCGGAAAAGGGUUCCGAGCAGCAGUCACGAGAUUGCGGUUUCGGCCCCGCUGCCUGAGGCGGCUCGGCAAACAGGCCAAACAAUCCCCGAAUCCCCAACAUCUUCAGCUUCACAAAUAGUUCUUCCUCAGCUCUUCUCCUGCCGCUGCCUCUUGACUUUCAUCCCCUUCCUUCUUCAUCAUUCUUCCUUGCUCAUUCUCAUGUGCUUUGACUAACACCACUGUCCUUGGCCUCCGACUGUCUCCCCAGUCGAUCUGCCGUCCACACCGCAUCAAUUCCCCGCUCCUGUCCGCCUCCGAAUGACCAUGUGCAGACAAUGAGUUUCUUUGCUCAAUUUACCAAUCUACCCGCCAUCGCCACCGGAAAGGCCCUUCUUCUGCUUGACUUCCAGAAUGACUUUGUACGGCCGAAUGGCGCGUUGCCCGUCUCCAACACCGCCGAUUUUCUCGAUCUCUUGCCCCAGCUCGCGACCGCCUUCCGGCGCAAUGGCGAGGUCGUCUGGGUGCGUUCUCACUACCAAGAAAGACAGCCCUUGAUCAGCCCGACAGAUGCGCAGGACCUCAUCGUGCUCGGUCGCAUGGACCGAGUGACCAGAACCCAGACUCUCGACGGAGAUGCAUUCGAUCCCUCUGAUCCCUCCGCUACCGAUCGUGCCGGACCCGUUGACGAAGAAGCCUUCCUCUCCGCUGACUCUCCACGAUGCUGUAUCCCCCAAUCGACUGGCGUGCAAUUUCCGGCUCCAAUCCUAGCUGCGAUCGACAAUGAGUCCGAUAUGUUGGUGGACAAGUUUGAAUACUCCGCUCUGCAGGAUCAAGGCCUGAUUCUUUACUUCCGCACGAGGUUUAUCACCCAAUUAUACCUCUGUGGGUCGCUGUCCAACACCUCUGUUUACGCCACAGCCCUGGAUGCCGUGCGACAUGGUUUCACGGUCACACUCAUCGAAGACUGUCUCGGGUUUCGCAGUUUUACGCGCCAUGAGGAAGCCAUGCGCCGUAUGGCCGACAUCUUCGGGGCCAAUGGCAUCACCACUCAGGAGCUAUUUCAAGAGUUGGACUGGGAGGAGACGGAAGAGAUUGCACGCAAAGGAAGCCCGCGCCCCUUGCAGUCACCGACUCCCGCUGGUAUUGAGGGUGUUUUGGAUGAACUAGAGGUAAGGCCGAGCGCCUCCCCCACGACGAAGGAGGAGAGCCCAGAAUCGGGCUCAAGCGGAGGCCGACGCCGCAGGAUUGAUGAUAUUCUUGCGGAGUUCACUGAUAACGAGGACGGAGACUUGAAAGAGCUAGCUUCCUUGGCUCGUUCGCGUGUUCGAUAUGGGGAGUCAGCCCGUGGAGCGACGCCCGGUGGGUCGGGGGAGAAGAAGGUUCGUGCUCGGGUACGACGUUCAAAACGACCGGAUGCAAAGACAGAGUCUUCGUCUCGGCCCGACAAGCGACGCAGCGGCAAGUCCAAGAAAACCGAUAUAUACCGACCGGGCGACGUGAUUGGUGAGGGAGAUUCCCGCAUUAUCUAUGAUCUCGACCUGCCAUCCGAGGCUUUCGAGAAAAUCCGCGAGGAAGUGUCAUGGCAGAAGAUGUAUCAUCUGUCGGGCCAGGUGCCGCGUUUAGUAGCGGUGCAAGGCAAGGCAUCAGAUGACGGAUCAAUCCCUAUCUAUCGCCAUCCGGCCGAUGAGUCGCCGCCGCUACAACCCUUCACGGCUACAGUAAAUAAGGUCCGCGCGAUUGUAGAGCGCAUUCUCGGGCACCCGUUGAACCAUGUGCUCAUUCAACUCUACCGGGACGGGCAAGACCGGAUUUCUGAGCAUUCCGAUAAAACCCUUGACAUCGUUCGAGGUUCCUCGAUCUGCAACGUCAGUCUCGGCGCCCAGCGAGUCAUGGUUCUCCGCACCAAGGGUGCCGCAGAGGGUGGAGAAUCGGGCCGACAGACACAACGUAUCCCCAUGCCCCACGAAUCGCUGUUCAUCCUUGGAGAGAAGACAAACCGGCGGUGGCUUCACGGUAUCCGACCGGACAAGCGACCGGAGACGGAGAAGUCGACGGAGGAGCGUGCAUAUGAGGGGCAGCGCAUCUCCCUAACCUUCCGUCACAUUGGCACAUUCCUCAACCCAGCUGGCGACACAAUUUGGGGCCAGGGUGCAGUGUCAAAGUCGCAAGAGCAAGCACAGCCAGUAAUCCAUGGAGAUGCGACCGAGACGGAGCGCAUCAUCCGGGCGUUUGGGCAAGAGAACCACGCAACAGACUUUGAUUGGGAGGAGGUGUAUGGAAGCGGGUUCGACGUGGUCAAUUUUGUCACGGCGGGUACAACCAAGCUCAUCCUCGGGCCGGAUGCCGUGGCUAACCUGCGGGUGCGGCUGUGCCUGAGUGAGAACGGCAUUCGCUAUGAAACCGAUUCAGAGCCUGCACGCGCCUCAGAAAACGACAUACGGCCGCUUUAUAUUGCCGCUGACGGAGCCCAGAUAGCUGGUGACGUCACCAUAUUGACCCACUUUGCGCAGCACGCCGCAGAGCUCGUGCGACCAGAGCUCGAGGCCCUACGCGGGGGAAGUCAUCUCGCGGCCAUCGACAAGCUGCUGGCCCAAUGGCGCGACUCACAACACCAGGGAACUGACGAUUACGAUUUGUCGCAGUGGGAACAGGCCCUGACCGGGCAGACCUACCUGAGCGGUCCAGGGUUUGGGAUCGAUGACUGCGCGCUAUGGCCCGUUUUGAGAGAAAUUGCGCAGUCGACAGCACUGCUCUCAGACAAGCGCUACCCGAACCUGAGCCAGUAUUAUCAACGGGUGGAAAAACGCGGACUGGUCAAGGCGGCGUUGGAGGAGAUGGAGUAAGCGUAGGUAGCAGGUGGCGGCCUUAUGAGACACGAUUAAUGAGCGGAUUUUUCUUUGCACGAUACCAUCUACAAGUAUAAUUAAUCAGACGUUUGGCGGUGGAAUGUGAUCCUGUGCAGUUUCCGGCGGGGGCCCGGUUCGAUACCUACAUAGCGCAGUUUAGGGACUAUCGAGUUGGAUGUAAAUACUAUGAUUUGGAUAAGUUUUAUACUCUUUGUAUUAGCUACAUAAG